GGUGGCGGAGCAACAAACACGGACACGGACACGGAAAAGGAAAUGCUCCUGUCGACGGCCGAAUCGUCGGCCUACUCGGCACAGGAGGUCGCCGCUCGGCUGCGGGUCGAUGUCCGGACCGGGCUCCGGUGGUCCGAGGCCAACAGCCGCACGAAGAUCGUUGGCUACAACGAGCUGAACGCGCUGGAUGACGAACCGCCAUGGAUGAAGUACGUGCAGCAGUUUAAAAACCCGCUGAUAUUGCUACUGCUUGGUUCGGCCGUCGUGAGUGCCUGCAUGCGACAGUUUGACGAUGCAAUCAGCAUUACCAUCGCGAUCAUCAUCGUCGUUACGGUGGCGUUCAUCCAGGAGUAUCGCUCGGAGAAGAGUUUGGAGGAGCUUAAAAAGUUGGUACCUCCGGAGUGUCACUGCCUACGGGAAGGACGACUGGAAACGUUCCUCGCCCGCAACCUGGUGCCGGGCGACAUCGUCUAUCUGAACGUGGGCGAUCGUGUCCCGGCCGAUAUUCGCGUGUUCGAGGCGUUCGACUUGUCGAUCGACGAAUCGAGCUUCACCGGCGAGACGGAGCCGGCGCGCAAGAGCGCUGAGGUGGUGCUGAACGCCAACAACACCAAAAACCACGCCAGCAUGAAGAACAUCGCCUUCAUGGGCACGCUAGUUAGGUGCGGUAAUGGAAAGGGUAUCGUAGUUAGUACGGCCGAAAACAGCGAGUUCGGCGAGGUGUUCAAGAUGAUGCAGGCCGAGGAAGCGCCAAAGACACCGAUGCAAAAAUCGAUGGACAUACUGGGCGCUCAGCUGAGCUUCUACUCCUUCUGCAUUAUCGGCGCCAUCAUGCUGCUCGGCUGGAUCCAGGCCAAACCGCUUGUGGAGAUGUUCACUAUCAGCGUCAGCCUGGCCGUGGCCGCCAUUCCCGAGGGUCUCCCCAUUGUUGUAACGGUGACGCUGGCACUUGGCGUGAUGCGAAUGGCCAAGCGGCAUUGCAUCGUUAAGAAGCUACCGACAGUGGAAACACUCGGCUGCGUGACCGUAAUCUGCUCGGACAAAACCGGUACGAUCACGAAAAACGAAAUGACCGUCACGGUGAUCAUUACGUCCGAUGGGUACAUGGCCGACGUGACCGGUGCCGGGUACAAUGACAACGGUGAAAUUCACAUCCGCGAGUGCAACAGUAUGGACAACGCGAAAACCAGCAUCAGCCAGCUGCUGGAGGCGGGCGUCGUGUGCAACAACGCCAUCAUCCAGAACGACACACUGCUGGGGCAACCGACGGAGGGUGCGCUACUGGCGGCGGCAAUGAAGAACGGCCAGUACUCGGCAGCCGACAACUACCUGCGCAUCCAGGAGUAUCCGUUCAGCUCGGAGCAGAAAAUGAUGGCCGUCAAGGCGGUGCCGAAGUACGCCAACACCAAGGAGGAGAUCUACUUCGUGAAGGGUGCGAUCGAGAUGGUGCUACCGCAGUGCACCAAGUUCUGGUACGGCGGGCAAGCCAUUACGCUCAGCAAGCAGAACGAAGCCGAGUUCCUGCAGGAGGCGUACGAGAUCGGGCGCAAAGGGUUGCGCGUGCUCGCCAUCGCACGGGGUUCGUCCUUCCAGGAUCUGGUCUACAUGGGGCUGGUGGGAAUAACUGACCCGCCGAGACCGCUCGUGCGUGAGUCCAUCGAAAUGCUGCGCGCCAGCGGUGUACUGGUGAAGAUGGUCACCGGAGACUCGCAGGAAACGGCUAUGGCCAUUGCAUCCAAAAUCGGCCUAGAUAUUGUGCACAUGCAAGCCCUGUCCGGCCACGACAUCGAUCAAAUGAGCGAUAUGCAGUUGGAAAAGAUGAUCAAUACGGUGAGCGUGUUCUAUCGUGUCACGCCCAAGCAUAAGCUGGCCAUCGUGAAGGCAUUGCAGCAGAACGGUCACAUUGUUGGCAUGACGGGAGACGGCGUUAACGAUGGUGUCGCGCUGAAGCGAGCCGACAUUGGUAUCGCCAUGGGGAAGAACGGUACGGACGUGUGCAAGGAAGCUGCCGAUAUGAUCCUCGUUGAUGACGAUUUUCACACGAUCAUUGCCGCUAUCGAGGAAGGCAAGGGCAUCUUUUGGAACAUCCGCAACUUUGUACGCUUUCAGCUGAGUACCUCGAUCGCAGCCCUUUCGCUGAUCGCACUCUCGACGCUGAUGGGCAUCUCGAAUCCGCUCAACGCUAUGCAAAUCCUCUGGAUCAACAUCAUCAUGGACGGGCCACCGGCGCAGUCGCUCGGCGUGGAACCGGUCGACCAGGACGUGCUGAAGCAGAAACCGCGCAACGUCAAACAACCGAUGAUCUCGAAGUCGCUGAUCAUCAAUGUGCUACUGUCGGCCGGUAUCAUCAUUCUCGGUACGCUGUGGGUUUUCCAGCGCGAGAUGGCCGACGGGACGGGUGUGACAAGCCGGGACACUACGAUGACGUUCACCUGCUUCGUGCUUUUUGAUAUGUGGAAUGCCCUGAGCUGUCGAUCGCAGACGAAAAGCGUGUUUCAGAUUGGUCUCUUCACGAACAAGAUGUUCCUGCUAGCGGUCGGCUUUUCGCUUCUCGGUCAACUGCUGGUCAUCUACUUUCCUCCGCUGCAGAUGGUGUUCCAAACGGAAGCGCUCUCCGCGAUGGAUCUCCUCUUUCUAGUGUCGCUCACCUCGAGCGUCUUCAUCGUGUCCGAGCUGAAGAAGUGGUUCGAGCGCACCAUGGAGCGACGAAUGUACCGCAAGCGAACCGAGCUCGACUUCGUAUGACAAACGGCUCCCAAAGAUGCUGGAAGAUUGCACAAGGACUAAACAAAAUACUAUCAGAAGCAGAAACAUACAAGAACAAAACUGUAACCGACCGAGAGGAAAAGUGAAACCCCCCAGCGGAACUAGGUGUGGGUCAAACACCCACACAUGGCCGGUUCGGAUCAUAACUCUAUCGAUGUGAUCAGGGAUGCGUGCCGGAUAGAGUAAUUUGGUUGCGAUUACGGUUGCUACUACCGGAGGAGGACUAAACUGAAAGGAAAAGAAAAGCACACACAAUUCUUACCACCGAAAAACGAUGCAGACUCUUGGCGCAAAAGCAACUUAAACGGAACGACCACAAAUUAGACGAUCGACGACAAAUGAACUCGCACGCGCCGGGCUCAAAUUCUGGGCUUUGAUUUUGGCCAUUUUGGAAAAACAUUUACACUGCAUUUAUGUUAGUAUACAAACAAACAACUACAACCAUCUCGUACUCUAUAGGAAACCGAACAAAACGCCUAUCGGUCGAACUAUUGAAGUCACUAAAGUGGAUGAGUCUCAUGAACCCUAAACGACACUUUAACUUUGACGGCAUUAAACGUACGUAUCGCGUAUCCAAAGAACGAUAUUCAAAUGUUUCCACCCAUUUAUACGUUUCCUAAGCGAAUGAAUUUUGAAUUGAUGGCGGUUGGAUAUCAGCAGUAAUAACGAACAUUUAAAAAAAAAUACGGCAAAAGAACAAUGGGAACAAGACAGCAAGUAUCCUUUAGACCUAAAGUAGAGGGAACGGAGAGAGAAAGUAACAGACAACAGCUGUGCAGCUUGCAGGGAACAGCAGAAAAAAGGCGAUGACGAAAAUUGUAACAUGUGAUUUGAAACAUGAAACUAACUAUCCAUAGCCUACUAUCCAUGUAAGCAGUCAUCAUCGAUAGGCGAUGGACCUGUUUUGCACCAGUUUAGUUUACAUUUUCCUUCUGUUCGCCUAGAAUGAUUUUACAUGUUUACUGUAAUUUUAUGUGCGUACUCGUAAUUAUUUGUGCCUUCGCUUUGACUCUUUUUAAAACCUUCUAAAAACCUUCGAUAUUUAAAACCGUUGUGAGCUUCAUCAUUUUAUCAAAUGGAAGAAGAAACAAUCAAAGGAGGAUAACGAUCAACUACACGCCGCUGCAGAAACAGUGAAUCGAUCAUUGGAGAAUAUUCAGUUAAGUAUUAUUAAGCAAACGGCCUAGGUACGAUUUAUGUUAAGUAUUUAAAAACGGUAUAUAAACUGCAAAUCUUUAGAGGACAACACGCUGGCAGCAAGGGCACGUUGAUACCACCACAACCAAGGCUCGGGAAGAAGAGAGGCUGUGCUUUGAAGACAAAUAGAAGACAAUUUUAAAUGGUUUA